AUGCAAUUCAAGUCCCAUAACCAUCCCGUGGCUGGAUUCACGCGCCGCUGCGUCCUCACAAUUGAUCCCGUUAGUUCCAAGGGUGCGCCUGGCUCACCCCGUGUCCUUCCCAGUAAUCUGCUGCCCUCGGCUCGUAAGAUUAUCCACCUCUCCAUCUGGUGCCUUCCUCUUCUGAAAUCCACGGGAAACACGGAUCCAGCACUUCCCUCGCUCUCAGAGGCCAUCGUAGCUGCCGUGACAGCAUGUGGAACUGUUUACGUGAGUUUUUUUACGCUCCUUUGGAAUUUUGCUGCACUGAACCAAAACUGGAUUCAACGGGCUCACAGAACGCGCGCUUAUUAG